CCCUCCACAACAUCAACCCCUCCAGCUGCAGCAUGUCGCCCCUCUCUCUCAUCCUCCUGACCAUAGAACUCUUCGGCUUCUCCACGCCCUCGAAGCCGCCUCGAUUCGACCGGACCCUGUUUCUGAUAGCUGAGAGUGACCGAGGGGGCCUCUGCAACAUCAAUUGCUCCAAGGGCCAGCAGAAGCCAGUGUGUGGCAGCGACAGGAAACUCUACAAGUCCCAUUGUGCCUUCCAGAGGGCAAAGUGCAGGGACCCAACCCUCGAAACCGUGUCUCGGAGCCGAUGUAGCGAGAGGUCUAAAGUGAGAUGCCAGGAAGACAGAGCCCAAGCGUUGGCACAAACCAGGAAGACAACGGACUCCAUCAUUGUCCCUGAAUGUAAUGAGGAUGGCACCUUUGCACAGGUUCAGUGCCACAAGUUGACUGGCUACUGCUGGUGCGUAACACCCGAGGGCAAACCGGUCAGUGGCUCUUCGGUGCACAACCAGACUCCCACCUGCUCAGAUUUCACAAAGGACAAAACAUCCCAGAGGGCUCGUGACUCCAGCAGAACAGAACAAGGAGUCAAACUUCAAGCAAACACAAGAACCAUGUCUCGCAACAAAGGUAAAGAGCUGUCGUACCCAGCCCCGUGGUUCCUAUUCAUCAGAGAUGCCAAGUCAAACCGCAGCUCGAAGCUCGACCAGCCAGUGUCUUGUGAGCAGGAGCGCCGAGCUGCCAUUGAAGAGGCUAAGCUGCAUCAGUACGAGGGAGCCUUCGUCCCACAGUGCAGCGCUGGUGGUCGCUACAAGCAGGUGCAGUGCCACCAGGCCACUGGGUACUGCUGGUGUGUUCAAGUCGAUUCAGGCCACCCGAUCCAAGGCACAACAGCCCGGAAUCAGACUCCUGACUGCGGGAGCAGUGCAAAGUCCAAAGUCUCCGAGAUGGCCCCCCUCUUCAGGGACAGGAAGCUGCAAGGUUGCCCUGGUGGAAAGAAGACAGAGUUUGUAACAGGAUUGUUGAAGUCUCUCAUUAUGGAUAUGGCCCAGGCUAGCUCACUCCUAACAUGGAGAAGACUUUCUGAAGGAUCGGUCGGUUUUUUGCUGGAAGACCGCGCCAUUCGCUGGUACUUUGGCAAGCUGGACAAGGACCUCAACAGUGAGAUCUCCGAGAAGGAGCUGAGGCCCUUUAAGGUCUACCUGAGGAAGAACGCCAAGCCGCGGAAGUGCACCAGGAAAUUCAUUGAGUACUGUGACCUCAACGGCAGCAAGUCCAUCUCCCUGCAGGAGCUGAAGGGAUGCUUGGGUUUCAUCAAAGGCAGAACAAACUCGCCAUGAGAAAAUUCAGCUUGAC